AUGUUUGGAUUUGUGGAAGGCUAUGGAGAAAAGAAAAUGUCUUUUCCAGUUAUUGACUCAGUUAGAUCUCACCUUCCUGUUGCUUUAUAUUUAUUUUUCAUCUUUCAGCUCCGUGAAAAAGUUACUGCUGGUGUUACUACUGACAGAAGUACUGUCUUGGCAAGUGUAAUUGCUGCUUGCAGAAGACUGUUCUCCCAACCUCCCAAAGGGUUUGAAAAAUAUUUUCCCAAUGGGAAGAAAGCUAAUGGAACUAAAGGUACAGCUGCAGAAACAAAAGAGGCAAAGCAAGCUAGCGCCCGACAGCCUAGCGGGAGUAGUAGUGGAGGAGGUGGCAGUGGUGGAAAAAAAGGUGGCAAGAAAGAAGACGCUAACUGGUGGACCAGGUUACAGAAGGGUGACAUCCCAUGGGAUGUCAGGGAGUUCCGUAUGUAUGUUGUGGGAAGCUCGUUUUUCUGGACGAUGGUCGUCUAUUACUUUUUCUUCAGGGUCCCUGGAAGAGAAAUCACCUGGAAAGACUUUGUCAAUAACUACCUUGCUAAAGGAAUGGUGGACAGGCUUGAAGUGGUAAACAAGCGCUUUGUUAGAGUGAUCUUUGUUUCAGGAAAAUCUCCUCAUGAAUGGCAGUACGUCUGGUUUAAUAUCGGUAGUGUGGAUACUUUUGAACGGAAUCUGGAAACUGUGCAACAAGAUCUGGGAAUAGAAGUGGAGAACAGAUUGCCUGUAGUCUACUCAACAGAAAGUGAUGGAUCAUUUCUCCUGAGUUUGCUGCCUACAAUCCUGAUUAUUGGUUCUUUACUGUACACAUUAAGAAGAGGUCCUGCAGGCUUAGGUCGAGCAGGACGAGGAAUGGGUGGACUCUUCAGCGUGGGUGAAACCACAGCCAAAGUUCUUAAGGAUGAAAUAGAUGUGAAAUUCAAAGAUGUAGCUGGCUGUGAGGAGGCCAAAUUAGAGAUAAUGGAGUUUGUUAACUUUUUGAAAAAUCCCAAGCAAUAUGAGGAUCUGGGAGCAAAAAUCCCAAAGGGGGCCAUUCUGACAGGUCCUCCGGGUACUGGGAAGACACUUCUGGCUAAAGCUACAGCAGGAGAGGCUAACGUACCAUUUAUCACAGUCAAUGGCUCAGAGUUCUUAGAGAUGUUUGUUGGCGUGGGUCCAGCUAGAGUCCGAGACUUAUUCUCUCUUGCUCGUAAAAAUGCCCCUUGCAUUCUCUUCAUUGAUGAAAUAGAUGCAGUAGGGAGGAAAAGAGGAAGGGGCAACUUUGGAGGACAAAGUGAACAAGAGAACACACUCAAUCAACUUCUAGUAGAAAUGGAUGGAUUUAACACAACCACAAACGUAGUCAUUUUGGCAGGUACUAACAGGCCAGAUAUUUUAGACCCUGCUCUAAUGAGGCCAGGACGCUUUGAUAGACAAAUUUACAUUGGACCCCCAGAUAUAAAAGGAAGAGCAUCUAUUUUCAAAGUCCACCUUAGACCUCUGAAAUUAGAUACCAUCUUAAACAAAGAUAACCUAGCAAGAAAACUUGCUUCACUAACACCUGGUUUUUCUGGUGCUGAUAUUGCUAAUGUUUGUAAUGAAGCUGCUUUAAUUGCUGCAAGGCAUCUCUCAGAUGCUAUAAACCAAAAACAUUUUGAGCAAGCAAUUGAAAGAGUUAUUGGAGGCUUGGAAAAGAAAACUCAAGUACUGCAACCAGAGGAGAAAAAGACAGUAGCAUAUCAUGAGGCAGGGCACGCAGUUGCAGGAUGGUUUUUGGAACAUGCUGACCCGCUCUUAAAGGUAUCUAUUAUCCCACGUGGUAAAGGACUGGGUUAUGCUCAGUAUUUACCCAAGGAACAGUAUCUUUACACCAAAGAGCAAUUGCUUGACAGAAUGUGCAUGACUCUGGGAGGACGUGUGUCUGAGCAAAUCUUCUUCGGAAGAAUUACAACUGGAGCCCAAGAUGAUUUGAAGAAGGUGACCCAGAGUGCGUAUGCUCAGAUUGUUCAGUUUGGCAUGAAUGAAAAAGUAGGGCAGAUUUCCUUUGAUCUGCCUCGUCAAGGAGACAUGGUGUUGGAGAAACCUUAUAGCGAAGCAACUGCCAGAUUGAUAGAUGAAGAAGUACGGUCACUUAUUAACACUGCUUAUGACAGGACAUUAACUCUUCUGACUGAGAAGAAAGCGGAAGUGGAAAAGGUUGCCCUACGGCUACUGGAGAAAGAAGUGCUUGAUAAAAGUGAUAUGCUAGACCUGCUUGGCCCAAGACCGUUUGCAGAAAAGUCUACUUAUGAAGAAUUUGUCGAAGGUACAGGAAGUUUGGAUGAGGAUACUUCACUGCCAGAAGGCCUUAAAGACUGGAACAAAGAUCGUGAAAAAGAGAAGGAGGAGACAACAGAUGAACAGGUUGCCAGGCAGAUCACAGGAGGGAUGCCAUUUUAGCUGCAAAGUGUGAUGUUGAUUUGCAGUCUCGAACUCACUUAGCUUGUACCUCCAAAACAAAAAAGAUAUUUAUUCAACCAAACUGUAUUAGGGAUGGGUGGAAGAGUGAUGUCUUGUGAUGAGACAAGGAUGUUCUGCUCCCAGUUUAUGUAUGUGAUGAUCAGUUCACUGGUAAAGGAUGAUCGUCUUUCAUUUGUCAACUGAAGAAACACAUUGGAUCUAAGCUGCAGUGGAAUGCCAAACUGAACCUCUCAAGCUUUGAAACAGUUUGGAGUCAUGCACAAACUUUGUGGCACUGGUCUCUUUUUUUUUAAAAUGUAUGUAAGCUUAUAAAAAUUAAAAGUUCUAUGAUUAUUGAUCUAAAGUAUACCUGUAUGUGACCUGUUCCCUCCCCCUCAAAAAAUCAUACAAAAUGCAUUGUUGAAUGCUUAGCCAAAAGUCUGGUCUUACAAAGUACUAGCUUUGCAGAAAUACCAGCUCUGUCAUCUGACCUUCCCUGCCCUUUCAUUUUGGUUUUAGAAAGUUUAUUUACAAAGAACUGCCAUGUAAGUUGACAGUGAAAUUGGAUACCCACUUAAAUAUCUUAAAAUAUAGUCAUGGUUCAGUGUCUUAAAUUAAGUCUGAAACUCAACUUGGCUCCUGCAGUUUUAUUAGUCAGGUUUUUUUUACAGAGUUCUGUAAAAUAUUGAACAUACAAAUGUGUUGUGUAAAUACAGUUUGAGUCAAUAAAAUCAGUACUUUUCUGAA